AAACGAGCUUUUAUUCUACGUCAUAUUUGUACGACCGAUGAGUUCCAAGAUCCAUUGCGCGUAAAGUAAUGGCUGGCGUUCUUAAAAAGACGACAGGCUUGGUGGGUUUGGCCGUGUCCCACAACCCUCACGAGCGCCUGAGGAUCCUAUACAGCAAGAUCCUUGCAUCGCUCCAGGUCAUCCCCCAGGAUGCAGCCUACAGGAAGUACACUGAGCAGCUGGUCAAUGAACGCUUCAACCUGAUUAAAACAGAACCUGAUGUGGAGAAGCUAGAGAAGAAGAUCAACUGUGGUCAGAUCGAGGAGGUCAUUCACCAGGCAGAGUGUGAGCUGGCCCUGUCCAGGAAAAUGGCAGACUGGAAACCAUGGGAACCACUUAUCGAAGAGCCUCCAGUCAACCAAUGGAAGUGGCCCGUCUAAAAAAAAAAAAGUCCUGUAUUUAUUAUGUCUAUCAAUGUGUAAUUACUUCAAGGCCCAUUCUCAGUGAAGUAUGUACAAAUAAAUCCUUGGAAAUAUUUUCCCUCUCCUUGUAAACUGAACCCAUAAUAUACAUGCUACCAGAACAAUGAGAAUGGAAGCUCUGUCCCAGGUGUUGAAGUUU